AUGGAUCCUCGGGAAUCGUCCUCGUACUCCGUCGUGCCCAGGAUUCGGUACAACACCGUCGGCGGUGUCAACGGUCCGCUGGUUAUCUUGGACAAUGUCAAAUUUCCCCGUUACAAUGAGAUCGUGACGUUGACCCUCCCCGAUGGGACCGAAAGGUCGGGUCAGGUCCUCGAAGCUCGAGGCAACCGAGCUGUCGUCCAAGUAUUCGAGGGUACGUCGGGUAUCGAUGUCAAGAAAACCAAGGUCGAAUUCACCGGAGAGAGCUUGAAGCUCGGCGUGUCAGAGGAUAUGCUGGGGCGUAUCUUUGAUGGAUCAGGUAGAGCUAUCGACAAGGGACCCAAGGUCCUGGCCGAAGAUUACCUCGACAUCAACGGCAGUCCCAUCAACCCCUUCUCAAGAGUGUACCCCGAAGAGAUGAUCUCGACCGGUAUCUCGACCAUCGACACCAUGAACUCGAUCGCUCGUGGGCAAAAGAUUCCCAUCUUCUCUGCCGCCGGUCUACCUCAUAACGAGAUCGCUGCUCAGAUUUGUCGACAGGCCAGUCUGGUCAAGCAAAAGGGGGCUACAAACAAGGGUGUACACGACGACCACGAGGACAACUUCUCCAUCGUCUUCGCUGCCAUGGGUGUUAACUUGGAGACCGCCCGAUUUUUCACGCGCGAUUUCGAGGAGAACGGCAGCUUGGAGCGCGUUACACUUUUCCUCAACCUUGCGAACGAUCCUACUAUCGAACGUAUCAUUACUCCUCGUCUUGCCCUUACCACCGCCGAAUACUAUGCCUACCAGCUCGAAAAGCACGUCCUAGUCAUUCUUACCGAUCUUUCCUCCUACUGCGAUGCCCUGCGAGAAGUCUCAGCCGCCCGAGAAGAAGUGCCAGGUCGACGUGGUUUCCCCGGUUACAUGUACACGGAUUUGUCCACCAUCUACGAACGAGCCGGUCGUGUCGAAGGACGAAACGGUUCCAUUACCCAGAUUCCUAUCCUGACCAUGCCGAACGAUGAUAUCACGCAUCCUAUUCCUGACUUGACAGGCUACAUCACCGAGGGGCAGAUCUUCGUAGACCGACAGCUCCACAACCGUGGUGUAUACCCGCCGAUCAACGUUCUGCCGUCGCUGUCCCGUCUGAUGAAGUCUGCCAUUGGCGAGGGCAUGACGCGAAAGGACCACGGCGAUGUCUCCAACCAGCUGUAUGCCAAAUAUGCCAUCGGUCGUGAUGCGGCUGCCAUGAAGGCUGUCGUUGGUGAGGAGGCUUUGUCGGCCGAAGAUAAGCUGUCAUUGGAGUUCCUCGAGAAGUUCGAACGUCAAUUCGUGUCGCAAGGCGCAUACGAGCAGCGAACCAUCUUUGACUCGCUGGACAUUGCCUGGAGCUUACUGCGCAUCUACCCCAAGGACCUGCUAAACCGUAUCCCCGCCAAGAUCAUCAAUGAGUUCUACCAAAGAUCGGCUGCUGAACGCAAGGGCAAGGGGAAGGACAAGAACGAGAAGGGCGUGAAGGACACGGACGGAGAGGGUCAGGAGGAGAACCUGGUUGACGUAUGA